AUGUAUCUUAAUGAGGCCACGCUAUUAAACAAUAUUCGUCGUCGUUAUAAAAAAGAUUUAAUUUAUACUUAUGUAGCAAAUAUUUUAAUUGCAAUUAAUCCUUAUAAACAAUUAUCUAAUCUGUAUUCCAUUGAUGCUAUCAAACGUUAUAAUGGAAAAUCACUUGGUAUUAUGCCACCACAUGUUUAUGCUAUUGGUGCACUUAUGUAUCUUAAUGAGGCAACGCUAUUAAACAAUAUUCGUCGUCGUUAUAAAAAAGAUUUAAUUUAUACAUAUGUAGCAAAUAUUUUAAUUGCAAUUAAUCCUUAUAAACAAUUAUCUAAUCUGUAUUCGAUUGAUGCUAUCAAACGUUAUAAUGGAAAAUCACUUGGUGUUAUGCCACCACAUGUUUAUGCUAUUGUUGCGUUUGUUAAUAAAUCAAUACCAUUUAGUUCAUCAACUUCAUAUAUUGGUAUUCUUGAUAUAGCUGGUUUUGAAUAUUUUCCUAUUAAUUCAUUUGAACAAUUUUGUACUAAUUAUUGUAAUGAAAAAUUACAACAAUUUUUCAAUGAACGUAUAAUCAAAGAAGAACAAUUAUUAUAUGAAAAAGAAGGUCUUGGUUUGAAAAAAAUUAGUUAUAUUGAUAAUCAAGAUUGUAUUGGUGAUAAAGCAUAUCGGGAUAUGCGUCAUGUCAAACAAAGUCAAUCAAUAAUAAUAUCAGGCGAAUCUGGAGCAGGUAAAACUGAAUCAGCUAAAUAUGUUUUACGAUAUUUAACUGAAUCAUACGGCGUACAUAAUGGUCAAAUUGAAGAUCGUAUAAAUGAAUCCAAUCCAUUAUUAGAAGCUUUCGGCAAUGCUAAAACAACUCGUAAUAAUAAUUCAAGUCGUUUUGGCAAAUUUAUUGAAGUUCAUUUUAAUGAUAAACAUCGUGUUGUCGGUGGUUAUAUAUCUCAUUAUUUACUUGAAAAAUCUCGCGUAUGUGUUCAAUCAAAAGAUGAACGAAAUUAUCAUGUAUUUUAUCAACUAUGUGCUGGUGCAUCUGAAAGUACUCGAAGAGAAUUACGUCUUUCGUCACCAGAUAAUUUUCAUUUUAUAUCAAAAGGUCCAUUACAUGAUCCACAGUUAGAUGAUCUUAAUAAUUUUAAUGAAUGUAAUCAAUCAAUGGAUCAAAUGGGUUUAACAACACAAGAUAAAUUAAAUAUUUAUAGUACAGUUGCAGCUGUUCUACAUGUUGGAAAUAUUGAUUUUGAAGAUAAUCCUGAAAGUACAAAAGGUGGUUGUAAAAUAACAUCAACAACAGAAAAGUCAUUAAGUAUAACAGCUGAAAUGCUUGGUCUUGAUCAACAUGAUUUACGUAAUGCCUUAAUAACAAGAGUUUUAAUGACAAAAACAGCUAGUCGUAGUAAGGAAACUGUUAUUUCUGUUCCAUUAAAAGUUCAUGAAGCUCAAAAUGCACGUGAUGCAUUAGCUAAAGCAAUAUAUAUUAGAUUAUUUGAUCAAAUAGUUGCGUUUGUUAAUAAAUCAAUACCAUUUAGUUCAUCAACUUCAUAUAUUGGUAUUCUUGAUAUAGCUGGUUUUGAAUAUUUUCCUAUUAAUUCGUUUGAACAAUUUUGUACUAAUUAUUGUAAUGAAAAAUUACAACAAUUUUUCAAUGAACGUAUACUCAAAGAAGAACAAUUAUUAUAUGAAAAAGAAGGUCUUGGUUUGAAAAAAAUUAGUUAUAUUGAUAAUCAAGAUUGUAUUGAUUUAAUCGAAGCAAAAACAACUGGUUGUUUUGAUUUACUAGAUGAAGAAAGUAAAUUACCAACACCAAGACCAGAACAUUUUACAAAUGAAGUUUAUAAUCGUAAUAAAGGCCAUCCAAGACUUAAUUUUCCACGAAAAUCUAAAUUACGAACAUCACGUGGAAUUCGUGAUGAUGAAGGUUUUCUGGUUCAACACUUUGCUGGUAGUGUUGUUUAUUCAACUGCACAAUUUAUUGAAAAAAAUAAUGAUGCAUUACAUGUAUCACUACUUAGUUUGGCUCAAGAAUCUAGAAAUAGUUUCAUUAAAAGCCUUUUUUCAAACGUAUCCGAACACGAAAAAUCAGUAGGAAAAUUAAAUUUUAUUUCUGUUGGUUCAAAAUUUCGUUCACAAUUAUCCGAUCUUCUGAAUAAAUUACGACGAACUGAUAUUAGUUUUAUUCGUUGUAUUAAACCAAAUCUUCAAAUGGUUCCAAAUUUAUUUGAAGGUGGUCAUAUUCUAAGUCAAUUACAAUGUAGUGGUAUGGUAUCAGUAUUAGAUUUAAUGCAACAAGGUUUUCCAUCACGUACACAGUUUUCUGAAUUAUACGGAAUGUAUAAAUCAUAUUUACCAAAAGAAUUAGCAAGACUUGAUCCACGUCUUUUUUGUAAAGCAUUAUUUAAAGCUUUAAAUCUUCGUGAUACAGAUUUUAAAUUUGGUUUAACAAAAGUUUUUUUUCGUCCCGGAAAAUUUGCUGAAUUUGAUGAAAUUAUGAAAUCUGAUCCAAAGAAUUUAGCUGUACUUAUAUCUAAAGUUAAAAAAUGGAUUUUAUGGACACGAUGGAAAAAAGCUCAAUGGUGUGUUUUAUCAGUUAUUAAACUUAAAAAUAAAAUUCUCUAUCGACGUCAAUGUUUAAUUGAUAUUCAAAGACAUAUUCGUAUGCAUUUAGUUUAUAAACGUUAUGCACCACAAAUUCAAGGUUUAGUUAAAGUUAAAGUAUUAUAUGAACAAGUUUCUUCAAUGGAAAAAAUUGUUAGACAAAUGAAAUUGAAUAAAGAACAAGUUUACAAAUCAGUACAACAAUUAAGACAACGAAUUGAUCAAUUAGUCAAUGAAAUUACAAAUAGAUCUGUGAAUUCAACAUAUAUUGAUAAUGCAUAUAAUGAGCUUGUUUCAUUAAUUGAUCGUGAAUUUCGUCGAUUAAAACAAGUUCUUGCUCAACAAGAAGUAAAAGAAGAAGAACAUUUAAAAAAAAUCCAAAUGGAACUUGAACAUGAAAAAACUAAGAAAAUUGUUGAAAAAAAGCGUUUAGAACAAGAACAAGAAGAAUUUCGACAACGUUCAGCUAUGGCUCAACAUCAAAGAGAACAAGCACAGCUUAAAGGUAAACUUACUGCUGACGAAACAAAACAUCGAAAAAAACGUCAAGUAAAAGAAACAGAUGAAGAAGAUCGUUUUGCUGAAAUGAAUGAACGUGAGCGUCGUGAUUAUGAUUUAGCACGACGUCUUGCUUUAGAAACAGGUGAUGAAGCUGAUUUACCAGAGUUACAACAACCAUAUCGUCGUUUAAUUAAUCCAAAAUAUAAUUUCAAUAGAUAUACAUAUGCUGAAUUACGUGAUUCAAUUAAUACAUCUUGUGAUUGGGAAUUACUUCAAGCUUGUCGAGAAGAAUUGCGUCAACGUGUAAAAUUUUUCUAUGCUUGGAAAUCAAAAAAUCAAAAAAGAAAAAGUCCAUUCGCUUUAAAUAAUAGAAUCGAUGAAAUCGAUGAACAAGCUUUGAAGGAUACUGUAAAUAAUAGCCAUGAUAAUGAUGAUAGUCGUGAUGCUGUUGAGCAUGUAGAAAACGUUGAUCAUAAUGAAAAAGACUUCGGCAGUGAACCAAAUAAUCGACAAAUAGUAUCAAUAGUUGUUCCACCUUCAAUGACUGCUGGUGCAUCAACAUCAAUUGCAUCAAUGAAAAAAGUUGGACAAUUAAUGACUGCUAAUUCAAAAAAGUCUAGUAGUGGUAAAGUAGGUGAACAACGAUAUUUUCGUGUUCCAUUUAUUCGUCCUAAUGAUCAAAAUCGAGAUACACAUGUCGAACAGAAGGAGAAAGGAUGGUGGUAUGGUCAUUUUGAUGGUAAAUGGAUUGCUCGUCAAAUGGAAAUUCAUCCAAAUCAAAAACCAGUACUACUUGUUGCUGGUGUUGAUGAUAUAAAUAUGUGUGACUUAAGUUUAGAUGACACAGGUUUAGCAUCGAAAAAAGGCGCUGAAAUUCUUGAAAGUGAUUUUGAACAAGAAUGGCUUAAACACAAUGGCCGAGAAUAUUUAAAAGCACAUUUUAGACAUAUUAGUUCCAAAUAUGUUGUUCAAUUGCUUCAAAAUUAUCGUUAA